UCAAAUCAUUCAUUCACCAUGAAUUCAUCAUCCACGUCAAAGAGCAAGAAGAAAAAGACACAACCACAAGAAGGAGGCGGCACCAAAUUCUUGGGAGUAAGAAGGCGGCCAUGGGGAAGAUACGCAGCAGAAAUAAGAGACCCUUCAACGAAAGAAAGGCAUUGGCUUGGAACUUUCGACACUGCUGAAGAAGCCGCUUUGGCUUACGACAGAGCCGCCCGUUCCAUGCGUGGCCCUCGAGCUCGCACUAAUUUUGUUUACUCUGACAUGCCUGCCGGUUCUUCUGUCACCUCCAUUAUUUCCCCCGAUGAACAACACAAUAACUUCUCUUCUUCUCUCCAUGUCCCUCAACCUGACCACCACAAUCUCCAAAACAUCUUCAACCAAGAUUCAAACUUUGACUCCCAUUUGUCUUCCGGGUUCCAAACCAUGCCUAACGAUCACCACACUGACUUUUAUAACAACUAUCAACAACCAGGCAUAGACAACACCACCAGUUCUCACGAGCUUCCACCACUGCCUUGUGACAUAUCAGGUUUUAGCCAUGGUGAUUCUGAUUCCAGUAUUACCAUGAAUUCUUGCUAUGAUUUUAAUAGUAAUUUGACGGGGUUUUCUGAUGAUCAGACGGCGUUUACAAGUGGGUUUGAUGAUACGAUGGGAAGUGGGUCAUAUUUUGGGUUUGAUUCGAGUGAUCAGUAUGUGCACAGCCCACUUUUCAGUAGCAUGCCACCGGUUUCUGAUACAGUUCCAGAUGGUUUCCAUUUGGGGUCGUCUUCUUAUUUAUUUUAA